GAAAAACAAAUUGGCUUUCUUGCAAGAAUGCUCGAACGGAUCAAAACGGGGGGUUUUAUACAUUGCAAACCCUAGCUUAGCUAGAGAAAACUAUGGAUCACGGCGGCGGCAGCGGCGGCGGUAGUGGCGGCGGCGGCGGUGGAGGGUUCCAUCGGAGUGAGGCGAUUUCGGCCGUACAGGAUGAGGAACAGUAUUACGGCGAGGACGACGAUUAUGAUGACCUCUACAACGAUGUCAACGUCGGCGAGGGCUUUCACCAGACCCACCGCCCUCCGGUGCCCGAGGACCAUAAGCGCACCGAGCCGCCUCCAUCUCUUCCUCCCCCUCCGGUGAACGAGCCCCAGGAGAAGGUUCAAAUCCCCGGCAUCGUAGCGGAAUCCAAGGCUAUCGAACGAUCUGGGGGCUUCCCUGUUGAGCAGGUCCGUCCUCCACCGCCUCCUACGGCAGUCCGCCCAGAUCUUGCCGUCAAUCUUGUCAGACCCGGUGAAAUCCAGGGGUUCGCUGGAAACGUCGCCUUAGGCGGCGCUGCGGGAGGUGGGUUUCAGGUAAACGUUGGAAAUGACGGGUUUCAAAGGCAAGGGCCGGUGGGGAACACGAAUGGAGCUGGUGGCGGUGGUGGAGGAGGGACGACCUUGUUUGUGGGUGAUCUUCACUGGUGGACAACGGAUGCGGAGCUUGAGGCGGAGCUCGCUAAGUACGGGCAAGUGAAGGAGGUGAGAUUCUAUGAUGAAAAAGCGAGUGGUAAGUCGAAGGGUUACGCACAAGUGGACUUCUUUGAUCCGAUGGCAGCGGCAGCGUGCAAAGAAGGGAUGCAUGGGCAUAUGUUCAAUGGUCGGCCUUGUGUCGUGGCGUUCGCUUCGCCUUAUGGAGUUCGGAGGCUUGGGGAGGCUCAGCUAAACAGGACCCAGCCGAUGGCUCAGUCACAGCAGCCUGCAAACACCCAGAAGGGUCGGGGGACUGGUGGUGGUGGUGGCAGUGGUGGCGGCGGCGGUGGUGGGCAGAUGGGUGGGAACUUUGGAAGAGGUGGUGGUGGUGGGAAUUGGGGGAGAGGUGGUGGGAUGGGCAACCGUGGACCAAUGGGAAAUAUGAGGAACCGAAUGGGGCCUGUUGGAGGCCGGGGAAUUAUGGGGAAUGGUGGUAUGGUGGCACCACCACCUCCGGUUAUGCACCCAGGAGCAAUGUUUGAUCCUACUGGGUAUGGUGCAGCCAUGGGCAGGAUGGCUGGUGGGUAUGGUGGUUUUCCAGGACCAGUGGGCGCGCCAUUCCCUGGGAUGUUACCUUCUUUCCCACCUGUUGUGGCUCCGCAUGUGAACCCUGCUUUCUUUGGUAGAGGAAUGCCGGCGGGAGUUGGAAUGUGGUCAGACCCCAAUAUGGGCGGGUGGGGAGCGGAGGAGCAGUCAAGUUAUGGGGAGGAUGCUGCUUCAGACCAGCAGUAUGGUGAGGCGAGCCAUGGCAAGGACCGUGCAGCAGAACGAGAUUGGUCAGGAAGUGCUCCUGAGAGGAGGCAUGAGAGGGAGAAGGAUUUGGGGUCGGGGCAUGAUGUCCCGGAGAGAAGGCAUAGGGAUGAAAGGGAAAUGGGUCGAGAGAGGGAUAGAGACUGGGAGAGGGAGAGAGACAGGGAGAGAGAAAGGGACAGGGAGAGGGAGAGGGACAGAGAUAGGGAGAGGGAAAGAGAGAGGGACAGGGAGCGUGAUAGGUAUCGAGAUGACAGAGAUAGGCAUGGAGAUCACCAUAGACACAGGGAUCGUGAAUUGGAGCGCGAUGAUGAUUGGGAGAGAGGGCGGUCGUCUAGGCGGAGUAAGUCUCGGGAGGUUGAGCAUUCAAAGAGGCGUCGGCUAUCCCCUGAAUAAGUGGGCCAAGCUUGAUGGUGAUCAGCUCCCUCUUUUUUCCCAUCUUUGUUGACUUGCUGCCUGUGGAUCAUCUCCUGCUGAUGAUGCUUUCGAGGAUCUGUUGUAGCCACUUGUAUGAAAGGGCAGCGUUAGGUUGGGUGACCAGUGCAUUUUUCACCUCUUGAGCUAUUCAUGUACACUGUACCAUCAGAUUGAGAGAAAUUUUAAACCAAGUUCAAUGGCCUUCAGCUUCAUGUGGAUCAUUCAUCGUGCACUGGAAUGUUCAUGUUGGUGGUCUGAUAUUGUAUCUCAGUUCCCCCAUUCACUAAUCAUUGUUCACUGUCAUGUUCUAUCCUUUUGCGCGUCUUUGAUGUAAAUUGAGGUGUAAUUUUUUUGUUCCAUAGUUUACAACCAGCUUUGUGCACAAGUAAUGUUAUUUCCCGUCCUUACUGUGAUUAUUCUUUCUGCCAGAAUACGAGCUCAGCGCGAUUGUAUCAUUGUUUUAAAAUUUUGGACUGCUGGAUUGUCAGAUGUUUUGUUCUUUGUGUACCAAUUUGU